CGGAACCCUCCUUCAACAAUAACAGUUAGUCAGACCCAUCGGUAGCUUUCUAGCAAACAUAGCUACAACAUUCACGCUCUUUACACUGUUUUCUGUGUAUAUUAGUCGCUGUGUGUUAAACACACUUCUGUCGUAUGUACUUGUUGGCCCAUUUAAUUAUAUAUUUACGUUGUUUGUCAGCUAGCUGGUUUGCUAAAUUAGCUUAGAACUAGGCUAGUUGCUAAUGCUAACUAGCUAACAUCUCCGACCAUGAGUUCACUAAGCUACUCUUCUCCUGCAAUAGAAGAUGAGAUUUGCUGGACGGAGAAAGGAUCUCUCGUCAAAGAGGAGGAGGAAGAGAAGGCUGUUACAGUGAAAGAAGAAGAGAAAUACGUUUCAGUGAAAGAAGAGGAAGACUCGUUCAGAGUGAAAGAGGAGGAGGAUGGUACAGUAAAAGAAGAGGAGAAAGAGGAGGUUGCAUUUUUUGGACUGAAAGAGGAGAAGGGGGAGAUGACUGUCACAUCCAAAAAGGAGGAGGAAGAAGAGGAGGAAACUGGAUAUCUGGGCCCGGUUUCCCAAACUCAUCUUAAGGCAUCCAUUGGUUCUAAUGAUGCACUUAGCCGUAAGAUGGUUUUGAGAAACCGGGCUCUGAUUAACACUAACACACAAAUGACUAGAGGGAGCCAGUCGUCAACACAACCCGACCAGAGGGAGCCGGUCGUCAACCCGACCAGAGGGAGCCGGUCGUCAACACAACCCGACCAGAGGGAGCCGGUCGUCAACACAACCCGACCAGAGGGAGCCGGUCGUCAACACAACCCGACCAGAGGGAGCCGGUCGUCAACACAACCCGACCAGAGGGAGCCGGUCGUCAACACAACCAGGCCAGAGGGAGCCGGUCGUCAACACAACCCGACCAGAGGGAGCCCCCCUCAGUGAUUAAUAUACAUUCUAUCUAAAUGAAAAUUAUACAAAUCUAAAAGUAACUUUUAUUGCCAUUGCCAACUAUGUAAAAAAAAAUAGCCUACAUAAAGCCAACAAAUAAAAACAUUGCAUUCUGCAGGUAGAAAAUAUCCUGAUAAAAAUAAAUAUCCUAGAAAUCACAUUGGUUGCACAUGGCCUGUCUACUACAAACUUGAAACAUUGUAUCAACUAUCAACUGGGUCAGGAAACUCGGAUAGCAAGCUUGCAACAUUGUAUAAAAUAUUCUAGGCCCUCAGUUUCCUGCUCCAGUGAGUUCUGGACAGACACAGCUGUAGGCUAUUUGUGCAAACGAUAAGAAGUAAUCAGGUAUUUUAUAAAAUUUCCACUGGAUCAGAUCAUUACGUUUUCCCCUUUAAUGUUGAGUGGUUAUCGAAAGGGUGAGAGCUGGAAAUAUUUUACGAAAAUACUUUGAGGAACUAUUGUCAUUCGCAAUUGAUUUUGAUUCUUGUGCAUUUGAUUGUGAUUUUUACUUGCUGUUUGGAGGUGAAGAAAAAGUUACUUUGAGAAGCUCCACAACUCAUUAGUGGUGCAGCGUUAAAAAAAUACAAGUAAUGUGAUUAUUGUGGCAGAUGUUUGUACAUAGCACAUUUUUUGUUUAGGUUUUCAAUAUAUCAGAAACUGUUUCUGCAUAUUGGUUAUUGAUUUGGACACGUUAAAACUGUGUUUUCACAUUGGGCUAUCCCACCUAGCACAAUGUCAUUGAAAAGCCGUUGAAAAUAAGACUAUGCAACCAAAUAUUUCAUAUUUACAAUUCAUGUAACAUUUAGUAAUGGUAAUUAUUUAUGCAACCAACUGACAAUUUUUUAGUACAAUUAUAUUGACAUUGUUAUUCUGCUUUUAGAAUAUCAGAGUUCAUUCUCAGAUGUCAACCCAAAUGUACUAGAGCAUGACAUUGGGGACUGGGUCCCGAUCCAACAACAUGCCUAUCUAGUGAACCCUGAAAAGAGAGAGAAGCUCUGCGGUGAGGUGGAAAGUUACUACGGAUAUUGCAAGAGUUUCCUCUUGAAAUCAUGUCUGUUUUAAGGACAACUUGGUUGCUGAUUGUCUCAAGGGUGGGCAGUUAAAAAGAUUUGUGUUUUGCGUUUAGCCAGUGCGUUACCAUGGUUCCCAAUUGAUUUUGACUGCAUGUUUUUCCGUAUUGGAGAUGAGUUUUGUUUGGGCUCGUUCCAAGGGGACGUGAGUUCUAGAAGCUAGUGAGUUUUAGAAAGACGAGAGUUCUAGAAGGGAAAAAAUAAUAGUUUAGGAAUCUAUAGAAAGAAAAAGGAGAAAAGAUACAAUAUUAUUAUACUAUUGUAUAUUAUUAUUAGAAGUACGUGUUUUUUCUUGUUUUUAAUUGUUGACAGCCAGUUGACACCAUGUUUAUAUUGGUGAAGCAUUUUAGUUGAUUAUAAUGUGAAAUGGAAAUUGUUUUCUGUUGGUGGUGAGCAAACUUGUCCAACAAUAAUAUAGGAUAUAUUUGUUGUCUUAAGGGGGAAGGUGUUACAGGCUUUGGUUUUUCCAUUUAUGUUUUGAGGUUUGGACUUUAGCACAUAUAGCGCAUUAGCAUGUAGGGUGCACUGAUUGUCUCCUCCUUAGUCAGUAUGUGUUACACCUGUGCUAACUUGUCCAUCUCGUUAGUGGGAAGGUGUUUCACCUGAGCUGGUCCAGGUUCUAUUUAAGAGUGUCUGGCCCAGUGCUCCAGUUGUCUUGAUAGAUGUGGAGAGUCAACACCUUUAGUUGCUCCAACCUUUUGGUUUGCUUCCUGUCUUUAAGUUUGGUGUGGGUUUUUCUUUUGUUUGCCUCUUCUUGGGCAGAUUUAGAGGGUCUCAUAGUGGGUGUCUUUUAUGUCCCAGUUGUUGUGAGUAGUCAACUUUCAGUGGACACAGAGCAAAAUUGCAAGAUUAUGUUAAUACUUUUAUUGCAUCAAAUGGUUGUUUUUUUGCAAACGAAUAGAGGGUUCUUAGAACUAUUGUGUCUGUGUGUUCUACUGAGGAUGGGCUUCUGGGAGAUAACACUGACAGGAGAUUUACAAUGUAUUUUGGGUCAUAAAACCUAAAGAGACCAUAUUCCAGAGCAUGAGUUAAUGUUUCUGUAUUAUAUGGUACCAGGGAGAGAUGACCUCAGGGCCAGACCCUGGUCUCUACACAGAGUACUGUUUUUACAGCAGAUACUGUCCGCUGAGAAUUAUAAGUAUAUUUCAUACAAAUCUUAAUCUUGUGACCCGUUCUAUACAUCUGUUGUUCGUCAUGUAGGUUGAAAGGGGUGCAUCUUGGCUAGAAAAGACCUUUGUACUUUUGUCUCGUGGCUCUCAACGAAUCAUCUGGGGGUGAUUUGUCGAUCAGCCGUCAUUAUCGUCGAGCACUCAAUUGAUUGACUUUAUAUUUGUGUGUUGUAUUGACCUGCUCCCUUAUUAAUAAGUGAAUAAAGAUUUAGUUUAAGAAUAA